AUGGAAGAUGUGAAAGAAUUUGAAAGGAAGGAGAGCGAGUUUAAAGAUGCCUUCUCCCAGACAAUCGACCAUGUUCUAAGCAAGGCAGAGGAUGAUGCACUUGCAAUUUCUUUUCCCUCUCCUUCACAGACCGAGAGACCGACCUUCCUGAAACCACUUUCCGGCUUCGUUCGUAUUCCUCUUGGACCGCAUACAUUCGAUGUUUAUCGGGACUUCCUCCAGUACCGCUGCCCGAUACUCUUACGAUUUUGCAUGCAGGCUGCGUCAACACCGGAAUGUCUAACAGAUGUUGAUCCCGAAGUCUUUGGGCUCUUCGUUCAAUGGCUCUAUACGCAGUCACUCCUCAACAAGUAUGGGCAACCGGCAUAUCAGCACCGACUCAUAGGACUCUGGGUGAAGUCGCUCCGGUUCGUAUACGAGAAUACCGAGACCGGCGAUGCGUUGCGAAGGUAUUUAGUGGAUGUUUGCCUCCCAAGAAUGCACACUUUCUCCCUUGAGAUUCGAGAAGAUUUCUUUCCAAACGAGUUCGAGAAGGAAGUCACGGGCGCGGAGUUGGCGAAGUUGGAACGGGACGUAGGAGAGGACGAAGGUGAGGGGACCGGCGAGGACGGGCGUGAUAUGAGAAAAUAUCACGUUUGUUAA